CGACGGUCUCCGCUCAUCCUCUGACCUAUUUUAGCAUGAACCUUAGAAAGAUGAAGGCGCGAAUCUGUCACCCAAGAUAAUCUACUUUCUUCCCAUGCGAAGCAUCCUGUCACGUACGGCAGACUACCUGAUGUUAACACGCACUGCCUACACGGAGCAACAACAGCCUGCUUUCCGUCUCAACCCCAACCAUGUCCGACUACACAUUCAUCGUCACCGCCGGGGCGUUUUUCUGUUUCGCUGUAUACAAGAUCGUCGUGCACAGCAGACGAGUAAAACUGCGGGGGCCGCCGUCUCCCAGCUUUGUCUUUGGUCACACCCAACUGGUCGCCGCUGCUCAAAGUCCUGCCGAGUUGUAUAGCAAAUGGUCUCAAGAAUACGGAUCCAUUUUCCAGAUUCGUGGCCCUUUUGGAUCGUGUCGACUGAUAGCUUGUGACCCUCGAGCCAUCGCGCAUAUCUACGCGUUGGACUCCUGGAAGUACUGUCACUCACCUCUCGCGCUCAAACAACUGACCAGUCUGACUGGCCCUAUGAGCUUGAUUGAGACAUUGGGAGCGGAACAUAAUCUACAGAGAAAGAUUUUUAGUCCCCUCUUUGGGCCGGCGGCUCUCCAAAGCUACACGGGAUGGAUUAACGACUGCGGGCAUAAAAUCAGUUCCGCCUGGCAAUCCGAGCUCCAGAGCAGUUCCGAGCAAGAAAUAAUGGUCGACCUUUCUACUUGCAUCAACAACUUUACAUUCGAUUUGAUAGGCUUGAUUGCUUUCGCACAUGAAUUCAAAUCACUAGAUGGAGAGCCCUCCCCGGUCUCGUCGGCACUGAGUGCCUUGGGUCACGCCAAACCGUCUCCUGCAGCAAUGAAGAUCCUCCUUGCCGCCCAAGCCUUUCCAUCACUGCUGAAGUUGCCUCUCCCUCGGAGCAUUCUGGUUAACAAUCUUUCUGACGCUAUGGAUGCCGUUGUCGAAGGAAUGGUGCAAAAAUCCGGCACUGAUGGACCAAACAAGUCUGUUCUGGGUGUGCUAUUAACAAGCGGACAGUUUUCUCCUGCUCAGAUUCAAGUUCACGCCAAAUCCUUCCUCCUGGCUGGAUUUGCAACAACUUCGAGUUCAAUAAAGGUGAGAUUUUCGUGACGAAAUUCAGUGACUAACGUCGGAAAACACCAGUGGGCCCUCGUCGAACUUUCCAUGCAUCCGGAGAAGCAAGACCGCCUUCGCACCGAGCUUUCUGUCUUCAGGGACCAAGACCCCUCCUAUGAUGCGCUCGCCACUGGAUUUGCUUACCUGGAUGCUGUUCUACGCGAAACAUUACGACUUCACCCGGUCUUGAGUGACUCGACUCGUGUGGCUCUCGAGGACGACGUGAUUCCGCUCUCUCGGCCUGUUCAGACAGCGUCGGGCGCCUACGUCGAUAAACUGCCCAUCGCCAAGGGAACCCAUAUCACGACCUCGUUUUUCUUCACGAGCCUCUCCAAAUCCGUGUGGGGCGCCGAUGCAUCUGAGUUCAAGCCUGAGAGAUGGCUCGAUGAUUCGAUUCCCGCUUCAGCCAAAGAAUUUCCCGGUUACUCUCACACAAUGGCUUUUCUCGACGGGCCCCGGACGUGUCUCGGAAAGGGCCUUGCGCUGCUUGAGCUGAGGAUGCUGCUGUCGUUGCUCGUCAGCCGAUACAGCUUUUCUCCCAAGCACGGUCCGCAGACCAAGUUCGAACGCGCUUUCUAUCUUGGGCCGCAUCCAAAGGUGGCGGGAGAACCGGGUGCAGAGCUGCCCAUCCGUGUGAAACCAGUUGUUUGAAGUUCGCUGCGUACAUAUUUCUGAAUGACACUAUGUAUGUAAUGCAGGUCCGCACAUGAUGACGAUGAGGCCAUCUUGCCGCCUGACACAUCUUAUAACGAGGCGCCGAUACCGUUGCGGUGACCGGGGGCUGAUUCACAUGCAGCGGGAGAAGAGAAUGGAGACUCAGACAGUGGUAACACAUCUGCCAGAAACGUGGAAGGAGAAACGGGACGGAGACUAUGUACUCCCGGGCUCUACCCUGCUCUACCGUUUCCAAGGUCCCCAUUUCUGUCUUUUUGUCCUCACCAGGACUUCGCGUUGUGAUUGAUGAAACCAGUGUCCGAAUCAGGCGCAUAGCCUUGAAGACAUGACCGCGGAUAUGCUGGCUGCGGGGUCGACUCAGCGCCGCCUGUGUGCCGGUAGGAGAGAAGCACUAGUGGAGGAAGGAAGUAUGUUCUCAGGCUUGAGUCUCUCAUCAAACACGGCGACUAUCGAGCCUUCAUGAUCAGCCGUCCAAACGCGCACCCUCCUGCCCUUACCUCCUCCUCCUUCAAACAGAGAUGGCGACCUCCCAGAAGAAAAACGACGACAAGCAGAGCGGUCAGCCUAUUGACGACAGCGGCUCACACUGCUCGCACUCAUGACAUUGGACUUUGCAGUGGUCGUGGUCGGGGGUGGCUCAGCCGGCGUUAACAUCGCUCGCGCGCUCUCGGCCAAGCUAGACAGCAGCAAGUUUGAACUUGUUCUUAUCAACCCCCGGCCGUACCGCAUCAUACUCCCCGCGGCCUUGCGCAUGGUGGUCUCCGACGUUGACAAUCUGGACACCACUGCCCUCGUCCCGUACGACAAACUGUUUCUCAAGAACAACGGCACAUUUCUGCAGGAUGAAGUGGAGCUCAUUCAACAGGAGCGUGCUGGGUCUGGGGGCAUGCUGGUCUGCAAAAGCGGGAACAGAGUUCCGUACGACGUCCUCGUACUUGCCACCGGGAUGAACUGGACUGAUCCGAUCGCCUUCCCGGAUACUGCUGCUGAUGUCAGAGCGUACAUCGACGCAGCCCGCGCCAAAUUCUCGACGGCGAACAGCUAUCUUAUCGUUGGGGGUGGUGCCGUCGGAUGCGAGCUUGCUGGUGAAUUGAAGGACGCAUGGCCGACCAAAGAUGUGGCUCUUGUUCACAGUCAGCGAUUGCUUCUCAACGACACGUACCCGGACAAAUAUCGCGAGCGGGUGGCUCGCGAGCUGGAAGCGCGAGCAGUCAAGAUCCAUCUCGGCGACGUCGUCCCAGUGACUGCCAACUCAGAAUCUGAUAAGGUUGUGUCAGACAACAGCCAAACCUUCCAAGUUGACAUGGUCAUCAGAACAGCUGGGGCCGCGCACCCAAACACCGGCUUCAUCAACAGUCUGGGCGGUGAUGUUCUCACUUCACGCGGAUUUGUCAAAGUUCGACCGACACUGCAAACUGUCGAUUUCCCCAACAUAUUCGCGGCGGGCGACAUCAUCGAAUGGAAAGAAGAGAAACAAGCGGUCAAAUGCAUGGCCCAGGCUCCGGUCGUCGCCAACAAUGUCCUGAGCUACCUGCAAGGAAUGCCCCUCAAGAAAACCUAUUCGACCUCGUUCGAAGGUGUCGUGCUGACCAAUGGCAAGUUCGGAGGCGUCAGCUACUUCGAUGUGCUGUGGGGAAUCACGAUCGGUUCCUGGCUGACGAGCCUCUUGAAAUCCAAGUCUCUCCUCGUACCUCUGUUGCGCAAAGAAUCAGGAAUGUAGAAAGCGAUGCGAGAAUAUGCAGCACUAGUAACAGCGACGUAUUACAUGAUGUGGUUCCGAGUCCCAACAAGUUAGUAUACCCUGACCCUGCAAUCUUCAUGGAUUUUUGAGCAGAUACAACUCGUACUGCUUUGGCGUGAAUGUUUUCUUCCAACGAAAGGAUUAGGAUGAGCGCGUCAUCAUCGGCAAAGAACCAGACCUGGGAAAACGCGUGCAUCUGGGCUAUCUCCUCCUUCAACAGCUGGUUGACUAGAUCUCAUUUUAGUGGACUCGGUAUUGAGCACGCGCCACACGCACUCCAACGGUGCCUGACGAGCGUAGACUUCCCCUCAAAGUCUUCACUGACGAGUAGGAUGGCGUAGUUUUCCCCGCAUCCGCUCGAUUGGUCCUCGAUCUCGAUGUGCGUGCAGUUCAAGUGUCUGCGGAUCGCAGCCUCCAAAUUGACUGUGUCUAUCGGCAUACUGGCAAUCGAUGAGUUGAAAACCACAACGGGGACUGCGGACGGACGGGGAGAGGGAAGGAGUGAACCAAUCUGAUAAGAUGCCAUGGACCAUGACAAAGCGUGUGGCUAUGCUCGGCCAUCAUCUAUGAUGUAUUGAUUGCUGCCCCCACCUGAACACGACUCCAAUGCCCGUUUCCCGACAUACUAAGCGUAUCAAGAAAGACACGUCCUCCAACGUGGAGGACGACGCUUGGGAGGACGUCGAUGAGGAACAGGAGAUGCAAUCGCUCGACGCGAGGCAGGAGAUGGAGCUUUUCGAUGAGGACGAUAUCUUUCUUACAUCGCAGACGCAGGGGAUACCCAUUAACUAUUCCCGAACUCCCACACCACGCAAGCGCCGGCAUAAGAAAGAAUUCGUCGCUUCCCCAGGCCCCCCGAGGAAAACAUGCACGCCUCCAGUACAGAGUCCAUCCCUGACUCCGACCCCCAGCUUGACCCCCCUCGUUACCAAGAAAGAUGUACUCGACGGAGGGGCGUUUGUAGGCUGGUACUUCCUCGAUGUGUUCAGGCGGGCGAUUAUGCUUCUCCGGAUCCCUUUGUCUGCACUGCUUUUCCUAUGGAUGCUGGCAUUCCUGAUCGGGCUCAUGUCGCAUAGCAUACGAGCUGCGUUUCGUCCUUUGUGCUUCAUCCCAGGGCUUGGUAGCUCCUCCCUGUGUAGGCCCCACGGAGCUGCACCGACUCAGAGCGCACCUAGAUGGGCCGACUUUCCGUCGCUGGUCGACAUGCAAAGUGCCACGGUUGACCAGCUACUUGACGAAACCAGCUCGGGGUCGGCACUGGCCCUGCAAAUCAAGAAGGCGGAGAUGGCGACGACGGAUCUCGUCACCCUUGUGGGCGUCAGCGAGCUCCGGAGUCGCGAUAUACUGAGUGAUGCCCUGCGAACCUUCGUCGACGAUGCGCGAACGACCGGAAGGUCCUUGAAUAAACUUAGCUCCAAGGUAUCUGGAGCAGUCGACGGCAUCAUGGCGGUCAAUGACUACGCGCUUCUAACUAUUGAAGGAGCACAUCAGAAACCGGCUCCCCCAAUCUGGGGAUCACUCAUUCCUUGGAAGUCUUCGACAUCCAAGACAGCCAUCAUCUUGGAUGCAUUCGAAGAUUCGAUGAACUACCUCUCGUUUACCUUGCAGCGGCUAGUCGUCGAGUUUGAAUUGAGCAUGCGCAAUCUGGACAAUCUAGAGGAGAAGCUGUCUGUGCUGCACGAGAUGGUCACGCGAGAGGACGUGUCUCUGUCGAGCGCGAAAUCCGAGCUGCUCAGCGAGCUAUGGACUAUUCUAGGCGGGAACCGUCGGAAGCUGCGGGGCUACGAGAAUCAUCUGGGUUUGCUGAAAGGUCUGGGCCAGUAUCGCAAGCAGGCGCUGAUGCACGUGGUCUCUGCCUUGCAGGCUUUGACCCAGAUGAGCGAGGACAUCGAGAACUUGCGCGAGAGACUAGCCGCCCCGGAGCUGACGGGGUCGCGAAUCCCUGUCGAAGUGCACAUCAAGAGCAUCCAGAGUGGACUGGAGCGGAUCAAAGAGGGUAGGGCCAAAGCUAAGGAGAAGGAGACCGAUGCUGUGAGACGGAUCUUGGGAUCGGACGCAGCAUGAUUUGUUGUAUAGUCUCUCUGUUGUAUGUAUGUAUGUUGUAAAUCGCGUGUAACUAGAUCACAUAUGGAACUAGAUCACAUACGGAUUUGCGUUGGGCACCGACUCGAAAUGAGUCCGGGGCUUGCAGUUUUUGGCACUGAGCAGACAACUAGCAACGGCCUGGCCGGCAUCCAGUCCCUCGAAAUAGGCUCCGUGCAGGAAACCAAAGUACUUCUGACUCAUCGCCUCUCCCGCAAACCAGAGGCGGUCGCUGACGGUCGCCCUGAGGUUCGUGUGGUGUCUGCUGACGAAGCUGGAGGGCCAGUUCGAGUAGCUGCCGCGAUACAGCGGAUCGGCAUUCCACCGCGGGAACAUGAAAGCGAUCGGGUCGGGGAUGGUGAUGUUGGGGAACAUCGUGCGCAGGACAGCCAUCGACUCGGCUUGGACCUGCUUGUCCGACAGCGCCUCCACGCGCUUCGAGUAGUCGCCCGUGACCGUGACGAAGAUGAUGCCCGAGCCCGGCAGAAAGCCGGGCAGAUCGAGCCCUUGCCAGACAGGAUACUUCCCCCGUUCGGUGUCGGCAUACAAGGCAAACUGGCUGUCGAACCAGAACUUUUUCUCGAAUUGCAGGAAGAUCUUGGUGUACGUGGCCUGCCCGGUGGAUGUUAGAAUGACCUCUUUCGCAUGACAGUGAAAGGACGUACCAUGGUCAUACUCUGGAUGGCCUCCUCCUUCCAUUCAGGCAAGGCAGGCUCGAAGACCACAUCUUCAUUCUGGAGAACCCCGACACUAAAGGUCGAGAUGGCAUACUCAGCGGUGAUCCUGGUGCCGUUGGCGAGCGUGACCGCCACACCAUCCUUCGAGUAGGUCACAGCGCGUACAGUAGUAUUGAGCCGGACUUGUUCGGGCUUCAGAAAUGAUUGUGCCUCCCCUUGGAUGAGGUGUUUGAAGCCGCGCUGGUCGAUGGCCAACUCGUUGUCUGCCGAGAAGCCGCCUUGAUCGACAUCAAACGUAAAGUUGUUGGCCUGCGUUGAUAAGAUAGGACAGCGGGGCCGAGAGAUAAGAUAAGACACCCACCCAAGAUGAUGCGAUCCACGACGUUUGUUCAGGCGUUUGCGCGUAUUCCCAGUCC